AUGUACGGGUUCUCACAGGCACAAGAACCUGUACGAGAACCGAGAGAGGAAAGAGGUGAAACAGUUGAACCGCAACCUGGACCCCGAGCGGAAGGGCGGGACCAGGUAGCAACGGCAAUUCAGCAAAUAACUAAUAUACUUGCUCGACUGGUAGAGCAGCAGGGUCAAGCCCCUGUUAAUCAAUCUAGGGAUCUCGACAUAGGGCAAGAUAGGGCUCUAGAGAGAUUCCAAAAGUUUUUUCCUCCUAAGUUCCUGGGAGGGCCGGACCCCGAGGUAGCUGAGAGGUGGUUAGAUUCGAUGAUCAAUAUUUUCGUUGCCUUAAACUAUACGGAGGAUAGGCAGGUGCAUUUCGCUGUAUUUCAGUUUGAAGGACCAGCUAGGGUCUGGUGGAAUGUGAUUCGGGCUAAAUGGGAGAGAGAGGGAACUGCCUGGAUCUGGUUAAAUUUCGUGCGGGAGUUUAUCAAGAAAUAUCUGCCACCGAUAGUUCAGGAGAAAAGGGAGGAUGAUUUUAUUAAGUUUCGUCAAGGAACUCUGAGUGUAUUUGAGUAUGAGACUCAGUUCACGAAACUAUCUAAGUUUGCUCCCGAAUUGAUAUCUACGGAGCAAAGGAGGGUAAGGAGGUUUGUCCAGGGACUAAAUGUGGAAAUACAGGAGGCCUUAGCGGUGGCACAAAUUAAUACUUUUACGGAGCUUCUGGAGAAAGCCCAGAGAAUAGAAAUUGCUAGGGUGGGUCGAGGAGAUGGUGGUAAGAAAAUUUUGGGGACACCUAAAGAAAUUACUCCAAGAGGAGCCCCAGGUGGAAGGGGGCAAGCAAGAGGUGCCUCGGAAGGAGGUCAGGCCUCAGCCUCUCGAGUACCUUGUGGGUACUGUGGGAAGACCAUUCAUACUGAGGAUAAUUAUUGGCGAAAGACAUGA